UUUCACUUUUAUGCGUCAGAUUUUCCACACUAUUUUUCGGGAAUAUUAACGAGAAAAUGGUCAAUAAAACCGAGACAAACGAUCGCGAAGGAAGUGACAAAAAGCGGAGGAAAACGUCCGUAAAUGAAACAUCCCCAACGAAGCUAUCCAAGGAGGACCUGUAUGCGAACACCAUCGCUUUCGAGGAACAGGAAGCCGCCAAGCGGCCACCGGAGAAAGAUGCUCAGGUGUUCUACAGUACGUGCGACGAGUUGCGAAAGCUUUUCGAUGAAAUCGCCACUUUGAAGAAGGAUAAUUCCGAUGAGGCGAAGGCUAAAAUCGCCGAAAAGCGAGUUGAUGGCUCGUUGGCAUUCGUGGCAUUGAAGAAAUUGAAUCGAUUGGAUAAGGUACGUAUUCGCGAUGGAAGGGAGGCUCUGCACAAGGAAAAGCUACGGGUGGACAGUAACCGACUGCAGUUGCAAAAUCUGCUCUAUGAAGCUGAUCACCUGAAGAAGGAGGUUCAGCGGUGCUAUUUGUUCAAAAGCCAGGAUGAGGAAAUUGAACUGGUACCGGUGGAGGAGUUUUACGAUAAAGCGCCAGACACGAUUUCACGUCCCGAGAAGACCAAGAGCGAUGAACAUGCCCGACGAAUCGCUAGGCUGGAGUGGGAAUUGCAACAGCGAAAGGAACUGGAUGCUCAUUGCAAAGAGUUACAAUCAUCGAAGGCAAAGAUUGCACAGGAGAUCGUAUCGAAAACAGAACGGCUGGAUUCGUUGGCUCCGAGGUUGAAGGAUUUGCUGGUGGCUACACGGCCCCUGCAGGAGGCACUCGAUAUGCCGAUUGAGAAGGGAUGGGAGAUUCAGAAAACCGUUCGACUAUUGGUGCAGCCGCUAUAUAUGCUGUAUGCUAAUGUUACUGCCUACGGGGAAGCUUGCGAUCCAAUGUUAUUGACAUCCGUUCAGGGUGAUGAGGAAGAAGCUCGUCAAAUAGAAAUAACCGGUAACAUUGACUGUGAGUCUGAUGACGAAGGGGAUAACGAGCGAGAGACCAGAGGAAGCUACAACCGUCGCAAGUCUACCAAGCAACAGGACCCGAUGAGGCAGAAACGUAAGGCUUUGGUUAGGCCUCAUCCGUUGAGCGUUACGAUUACCAUCAAAAGCAGAGACGGGAAGGAAUCGCUGGCUCUGACUUUCCAGUACGUCCCGAACGCAGGAUUUGUUACGGUCAAGUGUGCGCUGGUUGAAUUUGAAGUAAGCGGAGUUGCAGCGGGAGACGUAAUGUCUCAGGAGAACAUUCUCAAUGAACUGUUCCCGGAUGAUAAUGGUGAAGGCAGUCCGAACCCGAAGACCAAGUUCCAAAUUCAGGAGGUCAGCAUCGGAAUGGAGAAAUUCAUAUCGAUGAUGAAGGAGAAAAAUCUGGGCAAGCCCUACAAAUGGGCCCAGGAACUGUGUGGAAUCGAGUUCGUGGAUUCUGGCGAAAAGUUCCUCGCUGCUAGCGAUAAAUGGCAGAAGACUAUUCCGACUAUAAUCAAAGCGAUUCGUACCAGAUGGGAAGCAAGGCUCAGACUGUAUCAGCAGGUUCACGAACUGGAAACGGGCAACGUGGAUACCACGAUCAACAUGGAACAUAACAAUCCGAUUCGCAUCUCGAGUACCUUGGUUCAGUGGACCGCACUUUCGGACUCGGAAUACGUGGCUUCGAACGUAACAGGAAAGUUUAUCGAUCACAGCGAUUCCACUGGAAAUGACCUGUACUUUAGGGCGAUCAUCACUCGUGGAUCAGCAAAGCUGGAGUGCUACAUUUGCGUUCCGUGUGAUUUCCCGGAAAGUACAUCACUGUGGUCGCUUUCGCUGAAUUGGAAUGGAAAGCACUCGGCCUCUGAUAAUGCUGCUGUUAGGGACAUGGAGUACUGGAUCAACAGCCUGCAGGCACCGAAGCACCCGAAAACGAUUCUCUCAUUGCAACUGAAGCGUGCUAUGUCCUGCUUGGAUAUCUACCUGGAAACCGAAGGGCCGUUUUACACACCGGCUGAGUUUACCCAGGACAAAACCUAUCUCAAGCCGUUCCGUGGACGGGCCCGUUCCCGACCAUUCCGCAUUGCUUCGAACGGAAGUAGCUCCGUUUUCACACAAAUUUAAGUGUUAUGAUGUAAGUCAAAACUUUCGAGAUAGAUUAACAUGUAAUAAAGGGAAGUUAUGCCAUU